UACACAUUUUCUCUCUCGUUUUUUUCUCUCAACUACCCACCCCUCUGUCUAUUUCUUUCUCUCUUUUUUGCAAACAUAAUAAAAAAGUUUACUUUUUAUUAUUUUCUGCAAGCACAGUCUGUAACCACCACCACAUUUUAAACACCACAAAAUAACCAUGUCUCGCGAGGAUUUCGUUUACAAGGCCAAGCUUGCCGAGCAGGCUGAGCGCUAUGACGAGAUGGUUGAGAACAUGAAGAGCGUCGCCGCAGAGGAUCAGGAGCUGACCGUCGAGGAGCGCAACCUUCUUUCGGUCGCCUAUAAGAACGUCAUUGGAGCCCGCCGUGCAUCAUGGCGUAUUAUCUCCUCCAUCGAGCAGAAGGAGACCGCAAAGGACAACAAGCACCACGUUGAAAUUGUCAGCUCUCAGCGCCAGGUUGUCGAGAAGGAGUUGUCGGACAUUUGCGGUGACAUCCUGAACGUUCUCGACACGCACCUGCUCAAGCGGGCUACCAACGGCGAGUCCAAGGUGUUCUAUCUCAAGAUGAAGGGCGACUACCUGCGUUACAUUGCCGAGUUUGAGACCAGCGAGAAGCGCAAGACCGCCGCUGACGAGUCCCUCAACGCCUACAAGGCCGCCACCGAGACCGCCAACACCGAGCUCGCCCCCACACACCCUAUUCGCCUGGGCCUGGCUCUCAACUUCUCUGUGUUCUACUACGAGAUCCUCAACUCGCCCGAGAAGGCCUGCCACCUGGCCAAGCAGGCGUUUGACGACGCCAUUGCUGAGCUCGACUCGCUGUCGGAGGACUCGUACAAGGACUCGACGCUGAUCAUGCAGCUCCUGCGCGACAACCUGACCCUUUGGACAUCCGACAUUCAGGAGUCUGCCGAUGCCGCUGCCGCCAAGGAGGAGGCUGCUCCCAAGGAGUCCGAAGCCGCCGCCGGCGAUGCCGAGAACAACGCUUAAAUAACUAAUAAUAGCUUUCCUUUUUUUCUUUAAACAUUCACUUCAUUAUUCUUGU